AUGUGGCUGGAGUUGGACUACCCGCUCCCCGUUUGGAAGUGGGUCGAGGAGUUUUUCCUGGUCGUUUAUGUCUUCGAGCUCUCUGUGCGCCUGCUCUACUACGGCUGUGGGUACUUUGUCCACGAGAAUUGGACAUGGCAUUAUCUCGAUUUUGUGAUCGUCCUGUUCGGAGUGGCGGAGCAGUGGAUGUUGCCCUUGUGGCACGUCAUCUACCACACACUCUUUGGUGCGACCUCCUCCACCUCGAUCUCCAUGAGCCUGGUCCGGUCCCUCCGCAUCGUCCGCGUCUUCCGGGUGCUGCGCCUCGCGCGGCUCCUGCGGGGCGUCAAGCAGCUCUACAAGUUGAUUCACGGAGUCGUGGAGUCCAUGGCCAGUGUUGGAUGGGUCAUCAUCUUGACCUUCAUUUUGUUAUACUCGGCCUCCUUGGUCUUUACCACCCUCGUGGGCCGCGGCUACAUCUACGAGGAUCCGGAGGACGUGCCCGAUGAGGCCAUGCUUUACUUCGGCACCGUGUGGCGAUCGUUCCUGGCACUCUUUAAGCUCAUGAACGAUGACCAGUCCGUGGUCACCCAGAUCAUUACCACCAUCGGUGGCCAGAUCUUGUUUUAUGCCUUCAUGAUGCUCUCCAACUGGAUGAUGCUUGCCAUCCUGACCUCUGUCAUCAGCGACAACAUGAUGACGGUGUCCCGCACCAAGGAGGAGGAAGACCGGAAGAGGUCGAUGCAAGACCGCGCGGAGAUGGCGAAGCGUCGGAUCACGCAGAUCUUUCAGAGGCUGGACGAAGAUCACAGUGGCUCCAUCACCGAGGACGAGAUGCGCCAGCUUCUGAGUGACUUAGACCUCCAGGCGGAACUCUGUGAGGCAGCAGGAUUGCAUGAUGCCUCAGAUCUAGUGGAGAUGUUGCACUGCGCCAGUUACAAGAGCAAGGAGGAGGGAAGCGUGAUUCUCUACAAGCAAUUCCUCACCAUGCUCCAGGAUGAGUCUGCGCACGCCAAAGAGCGGUCCAUUUUCAAAGUCCUGGAGAACAUGCGAGCCAUGGAAUUUCGAUUGGAGGAGCGCAUGAAUGCGGCACUACGGCAGCUGAAGAUGAACGACGAGCAGAUUGAGAAGUUGCCGUCUUUGGGAGAUGAGUUGAAGAAGAUGCAGCAGUUGGAGGACUCCCCCGCGCGAUCGGAAGUGAUUCGGCUCAACCACUCCGCCAGCAUCGCGGCAAAGUCGCCCCGCUCGGAGGCUUCCUCCAGAUAA